CUACAGCUACUAUUACUAACUUCACCACGUUUCCAACUGUUGGACAGAAUCUUACAUACUGGUGUGAAUAUCCAAAAGAUUCUUUUAUAAACAAAUUCAUCUGUAAGGGAGAAGAUCCAUCUAUAUGUAAACCUCUAUUAAGCACACAGCGCAACAAGACCAUUGGGAGGUUUUCUAUGAAGGAGGAACAAGAUAAGAGAAAUAUCACCAUAACAGUGAGAGACGUAACAACAGACGACACUGGGACAUACUGGUGUGGAGCAGAAACCACUGACAAAACACACAGCAACAAAUUCUUCGAAAAGCUGGUGAUGACUGUAGGUCAUGAGGUCUUGUCUAAAGUGAAGGGAUGCCCAGUAGGAUGGAUUCAAUUCACCUGCAAAUAUCCAAAACCAAAUGUAACAUAUGAAAGUAUUGAUUUAGUUAAUCCCAAAGAAACCAUACGAAGUGCUCUAAAGAAUGUGUGGGAAAACAACGGCAGAGUUUUCCUGUACCAUGAUCCAAAAAAAAAACAUCUCAGGGUGGCCAUUAAUAAAACUGAACAUGAGAACUUUGGGAAGUACACCUGUAAAUUUAACCAACUACCUGACUCAUGUGACACAGUGGAACUGGACUUGGACGUUGAGACAGACGGCUGCCAGGGACAAUUUAUUCAAACUGCGUACAGAACAGCUAAAACCACCAUCACAUGUGAUUACACAGGAAACAAAUACAAGUUCUUCUGCAAACAGAAAGGUUCAAUCUGUGAGGAUAUUUUAUCAACAAAAUCCUCUCUGAAGUCAAAGGGGACAUUCACUCUCACAGAAACCAAGAGUAGCUUCAGCGUGUCCAUCAGUAACGUGUCCUCACAUGAUGCUGGUGUCUACCGGUGUGGAGUGGAAACACAUGAAGGAAGUUACAGAGCUGCUCUCAGAAAGAUACAGCUGGAAGUUAAAGCUUCUAUUACUAACUUCACCACGUUUCCAACUGUUGGACAGAAUCUUACAUACUGGUGUCAAUAUCCAAAUUAUACUCUGAUAAACAAAUUCAUCUGUAAGGGAGAAGAUCCAUCUAUAUGUCAACCUCUAGUAAGCACCGCACAGCACAACAAGAACACUGGGAAGUUUUCUAUGCAGGAGGAACAAGAUAAGAGAAAUAUCACCAUAACAGUGAGAGACGUAACAACAGACGACACUGGGACAUACUGGUGUGGAGCAGAAAGCACUGACAAAACACACAGCAACAAAUUCUUCCACAAACUGGUGAUGACUGUAGUGUCACCGGCCGUGUCAACAAAUCCCCCUGCAACCUCUUCACCAUCUGUAACAAAGCCAGCUACUGUUUCUUAUGGUGGUUUUGAUCGGACAUCUGUGUUGACGAUUGCUGUGGCCCUCUCUUUGGAUGUGCUGCUGUUGCUGCUUAUGCUCACUACAUAUUUUGUCUACACACGAUUUGCAGGUUUUAAGAAUACAAGGACAGAAGCAUGAAGAAAAUCAAAGAGAAGGAAAAGAAGUGCACUAGUUUACUUAUGCUAGAUUUCAAAAGAAGCCCUUUGUAAUAUUCCUGUAAUAUCCCACAUAUAUUCUGUAAUUUAGACCAACUACUAAUGUCACCAUAACAGUUUAAAAUAUUAAAUUGAUAUUUCUCUGUCAUUAAUAUUGUUUAACUUAUAACUAAAUCAUUUUAUCCACAUUUAUCAUUUAAUAGUCUAACGUGAGCGGUGAAACAAGACUGAUUUGUUUCUUUUAAUACAGUGAAUUAACACUACUUUAGGAUAUGCCUAUAUGAGUCGUAUUUGGAGGUUGGUAAAAACAAACUAUGUUGUCCUUUAGGUUGGAGGACUUGACAAAACAUUCCCUAUAAAGUAUUAUACUGUUACCACAUGAGCUAAUGAUCAGAAACCCACUGUAGACCACAACGGGAAAUGUGUUACUGUAUGAUAUAAUGUAUAUGGGAAUGUUUUAAAACUUUAACUAUUUAUACAAUAUUGAUAAUAGCUAUUGUUCUUUUAAAUUUUUUUUUACAUAAAAUCCGUUACUCAGACCUGUUUGUAUUUUAACUUACAGUGUUGAGCACAUUUUGAAUGGAGAGUUCUCCAGACUCCCAAUUUAUGCCACUGCCAACUUUCCCACAAACCCCUCUGCCUCGCUGCAUUACUCCAGCAUCAACUUCCAAACAGCUCUGACAGAGUUGGUGGUGAGGCAGUGAUCCUCAAACCCAGCUCUGCUGCCUGAAAAUAUUCUACUGUGAAGUAAAAUCCAGCCUACUGUAGAGUCAGCCAGCCGUCCAGCUCUUCAGAGGAUCCUCUCUACACAACAGUCAACGAGGCUCAGCAGCACCGAGCAACGAUCAUCUUAUCUCAUUACCUGAUCUAACUUAUCACAGAUACUGUAUAUUGUUGACCUGGUCUGAAUGAGAGUCCCAGAAAUAAAAGAAAAUCCUUUCCCUGCAAUUCAGUGAUAUUUUUAUGUGAAAACUUGCACACUGAGAACAUAUUUUGAGAAAAUAUUUUUGACGACUACAUUGACCAUUUGAAUUCACAUUUAAUUUCCAGAUAAAGUGGCUAUUCCUCUUUUUGUUUUGGUCAGUUAUUUACUCAUUUAGUGACGUUAAACACACCAACUAGACAACUGCACUGGGAUCAAAUCAUUAUUUUACAUUGCCUUGAUGGCUGAAAUGGUGCAGUGGAUAAGAUACAUGCCUUUGGUGUGAGAGACCUGGGUUCAAUCCCCCUCUGUGACCCCUCCACUGAUGUGUCCCUAAGCAAGACACUUAACUCCUAGUUGUUCCAGAGGCGUGCAACCUCUGACAUAAAAAGCUUUGGAUAAAAGCGACUUAAUUUAAAGAAACUGUCUUAAAACUGG